AUGAACCCAAAAUUUCUUUUUGCAUUUAUUUUAUUGGUUACGCUUUCUGUUGCCCAUGCUAUUCGAUUAGAGAAAAGAGGCACAAAGUUUACUCAAUGUGCCGGUGAAAAAGAUUCUAAACAAGUGUCUUCUCUCCAAGUAACAGUUUCACCUGAUCCUUUGAAACUUAAACAAAAUGCUGUAUUUACUGUGUCCGGAAAAACAGAUAUUGAUAUUAAGGAUGGGGAUGGAUUCGUUUUUAUUAACUUUUUUAAUAAAAAGAAUGAGGAAAAAGGCUUCAAUUUCAUUAAAAUUCCUAAAACCAAGGCUGGCGAUUCAUUUAAAGUAAGCGGAAAAGUUUCCGUGCCAGAGUCAAAAAAAGACAUGGACACUUUAACUGUUAAAGUUUUUAAUUAUCAAGAUGAUGUUAAGAAGACACUUUUAGCCU